AUGCCUAUCAAACUACCAAAGGAAAAAGAGUUAAAGCAGCAGAAAUCGGUUCAGAUUGCAAAAAAUGUUUCUCGUCGAACCAAAAAACAAAUACGUAACCAAGAAGGAGGCCUUGCUGAUGAUGAAAGCGAAGAUGACCAGCGUACAGAUGACCCAGAGCCGCCCAAUGACCAGCGUACAGAUGACCCAGAGCCGCCCAGAGACCAGCGUACAGAUGACCCAGAGCCGCCCAACGACCAGCGUACAGAUGACCCAGAGCCGCCCAACGACCAGCGUACAGAUGACCCAGAGCCGCCCAGAGACCAGCGUACAGAUGACCCAGAGCCGCCCAACGACCAGCGUACAGAUGACCCAGAGCCGCCCAACGACCAGCGUACAGAUGACCCAGAGCCGCCCAGAGACCAGCGUACAGAUGACCCAGAGCCGCCCAGAGACCAGCGUACAGAUGACCCAGAGCCGCCCAACGACCAGCGUACAGAUGACCCAGAGCCGCCCAGAGACCAGCGUACAGAUGACCCAGAGCCACCCAAUUACCUCCACUGCUCUGACCUGCUUGGGAGGAUCUACUUCCAUGUUCCUUCUGCCACAAGAUCCAGAGGCAUGUUCUCAAGACGGCAAUAUAGUACCUACUACGCCCAACUAUGGCUCGCAUCCAGCAGCUUGGCAACGUUAUAUCUCCAUGUAGACUGCCCUGACCUGCUAGGGAGGAUCUACUUCCAUGUUCCUUCUGCCACAAGAUCCAGAGACAUGUUCUCAAGAAGGCAAUAUAGUACCUACUACGCCCAGCAGACUAAACUAUGGCUCGCAUCCAGCAGCUUGGCAACGUUAUAUCUCCAUGUAGACUGA